AUGAAUGAUUUUGAACUGAGGGAGAUUCAAAGGCUUGAAGGCCACACCGAUAGGGUUUGGUGUGUAGCUUGGAAACCGGAUACUGGAAUCAAUGGUGUGCCAGCUGUACUAGCUUCUUGCAGUGGAGAUAAAACCGUACGAAUAUGGGAACACAACUCCAGUGGCUCUUUUCACUGCCAGGCUGUUUUGGAGGAAACACAUACACGGACUGUUAGAUCAUGUGCCUGGUCACCGUCAGGCAAAUAUUUGGCAACAGCUAGCUUUGAUGCCACCACUGCUAUAUGGGAAAAUGUUGGGGUUGACUUUGAGUGUGUCUCCACUUUGGAGGGUCAUGACAAUGAAGUGAAAAGUGUUUCAUGGAAUGCAUCAUCAGGCACACUGCUUGCAACGAGUGGUCGAGAUAAGUCGGUUUGGAUAUGGGAAGUGUUGCCUGGAAAUGAGUUUGAUUGUGUUUCAGUUUUGCAAGGACACACUCAGGAUGUUAAGAUGGUUCAGUGGAAUCCCUCUAGGGAUACUUUGUUCUCGUGUAGUUAUGAUAACACUAUCAAGGUUUGGGUAGAGGAUGUCGAUAGUGAUGAUUGGCAUUGUAUUCAAACUUUGGGUGAAUCUAACAGCGGACAUACAUCUACUGUCUGGUCUCUUGCUUUCAAUGCUAGUGGAGACAAAAUGGUGUCUUGCAGUGAUGACCUUACUGUUAAGAUAUGGACUGACGUCGGCAGAAUACAGGGUUUGCAUGAAAACACACCUUGGAAACAUGUCUGCACUCUAUCUGGAUAUCAUGAUAGGACAAUUUUCUCAGUUCACUGGUCAAGGGAAGGAAUAAUUGCCAGUGGAGCAGCUGAUGACGCCAUAUGUUUGUUUGUUGAGAAUAAUGACAAUGAGGUUGAUGGACCCACAUUUAAACUACUUUUGAAGAAGGAGAAGGCUCAUGACAUGGAUGUAAAUUCUGUGCAAUGGAACACUGGGGAUAAAAGGCUUCUGGCUUCGGCCAGUGAUGAUGGGACGGUGAAGAUUUGGGAGUUGGUUCGUCUCUCUGGAUAGAAGCUGCUGUCAACAUAGUUUCGUAGCUGAUACUAGAAAGCAAUCUGUAUUUUUUUUUCAGAUCAUGUAGAAAAUAUAAUUCACGGUAAUUUUGAGCCUUUUGAAGCUUUGAAUUGCUACCAGAAAAUGUUAGCUUUAGGCUUCAAAACUGGGGUGUGGAACUCUUCAUUGUACCAUAAAAUAAACUGAUACAAUGUUGUUAUCACACCUAGAAUGUCAAACUGUUGGAAAGAGAUAUUAAUUUACUUAUUUUAUGUGUGCAAGAGCCUCCCAUUUUUGUGCA